CGGCCCUCCCUGCAUUUUUGCCCUCCCCUCCCUCCCAGCCUCUCUCUCGCUCCCUCUCUCCCCUCCGAGCUCCCGGCUGCCCGCGGCUCGCUCGCGCUCUCCGGUCUCCGGUCGGCUCCGGGCGAUGCGAGCGCUGCGAGCCGGCGCCGCCGCCUCCCGCUAGAGACCUGUCCCCCGGGCCGGCCCCCGGCCCAGCCCUGCCCAGCGCGCGGGGGUCGGCGAAGGCGCCGCGGACGCACCGACGGCUGAGGAUCGGCGAUGCACAUGCACUAGCAGCACCCCCUAACUCACUCCCUCCACGCGCCGCCGCCGCCGCCUCCUCCUCCGGCAGCAGCGGCAGAAGGACCCACCCUGCCCCCCACCCCACCCUCCGCCGGCUCCGGCUGCGGCUCCUGCCUCGACUAUUAUUUUAUUUAUUUUGGGUUGUGCACCAGCCUCCGUGCCUGCAGCCCGCGCCUCCUCGGACCGCGGGCUCCUCCUGCCUCGGCGCCCGAGCCCCAGACCCCGGCCACCCUCGCCUCGACACCCCCAGAGCCCCGCCAGCUGCCGCGAGUCUCCGCUGCUAGAAUCUUGUGAGCGGCUGUCAUUUGGGGGGGCUCUGGUUUCCCGACAUUUUUGUUUUCAGCCAAAGGGAGGAGGAUAGCGAGAUUUUUUGUCCCCCUUUGAGCCCAGGCUCUGCUCUCUGGGGGGGUGGGGGGCGCGCCGAGCCGGGGAGCCGUGCCAGCCGAGUCGUGCGGGCUGUGGCAGGGAAGGGGCCGCCAUGGGAUGUACUCUGAGCGCCGAGGAGAGAGCCGCCCUCGAGCGGAGCAAGGCGAUUGAGAAAAACCUCAAAGAGGAUGGCAUCAGCGCCGCCAAAGACGUGAAAUUACUCCUGCUGGGGGCUGGAGAAUCAGGAAAAAGCACCAUUGUGAAGCAGAUGAAGAUCAUCCACGAAGAUGGCUUCUCGGGAGAAGACGUGAAGCAGUACAAGCCUGUCGUCUACAGCAACACCAUCCAGUCCCUGGCAGCCAUCGUCCGGGCCAUGGACACUUUGGGCAUCGAAUACGGUGACAAGGAGAGAAAGGCUGACGCCAAGAUGGUGUGCGACGUGGUGAGUCGGAUGGAGGACACCGAGCCCUUCUCUCCGGAGCUGCUGUCCGCCAUGGUGCGCCUCUGGGGCGACUCGGGGAUCCAGGAGUGCUUCAACCGCUCUCGGGAGUAUCAGCUCAACGACUCUGCCAAAUACUACCUGGACAGCCUGGAUCGGAUCGGGGCCAGCGACUACCAGCCCACCGAGCAAGACAUCCUCCGAACCAGGGUCAAAACCACCGGCAUCGUAGAAACCCACUUCACAUUCAAGAACCUUCACUUCAGGCUGUUUGACGUCGGGGGCCAACGGUCUGAACGCAAGAAGUGGAUCCACUGCUUCGAGGACGUCACGGCCAUCAUCUUCUGUGUCGCGCUCAGCGGCUAUGACCAGGUGCUCCACGAAGACGAGACCACGAACCGCAUGCAUGAGUCCCUGAAGCUCUUCGACAGUAUCUGCAACAACAAGUGGUUCACGGACACGUCCAUCAUCCUGUUUCUCAACAAGAAGGACCUGUUCGAGGAGAAGAUCAAGAAGUCCCCGCUGACCAUUUGCUUCCCCGAAUACACAGGCCCCAGCGCCUUCACGGAAGCCGUGGCCUACAUCCAGGCCCAGUACGAGAGCAAGAACAAGUCAGCCCACAAGGAGAUCUACACCCACAUCACCUGCGCCACCGACACCAACAACAUCCAGUUUGUCUUUGACGCCGUGACGGACGUCAUCAUCGCCAAAAACCUGCGGGGCUGUGGCCUCUACUGAGCCCCGGCCUGGCCUCCCGCCCGCCACCCCACCCGGCCCGUGCCCCCCACCCCCGGGAACCAGAGCUCAGGCCUCUCAGACUCUGCACCAGCAAGCCCGGCGGCUGGCACCGAAGGGGGAGGGACCACCCACGGCCGCCCGGACAUCAGAGCACAUGGUGACACGGGCUGGGCAGGGUCCGAGUACCCGCGACAUGCCUGGGGCGGGCCACCCCUGCCUGCCUGCCUGCAGCUCCCUUGCCAAGUGCUUUUUCCUCAGGAGGGAGCCAGGGCCGCCGUCGGGGCCCCGGUUGGGCAACCCCUGCACAUGGUGACUCAGACUGGAAGUGCCAGGGUUGUGCAGGUGGCAGGGGCAGCUGUGGGGCGGGGCGCUGGAAGGGGAGGGGCAGUGGGAACCAUCGCUCAUCUUUUCCUGGGGUCUUUCUAGUCCGGGCAGCUCCGUCAUCAAAAGCCAGGCCGGGACCGGGCCUGCUGUGCGUGGGUCCGAGGGCUCAGGCCUGGGUGAGCGCCUCCUCCUCCCCCCGCCCCCCUUGGAUCUCAGCCCUGGGGUGCAAGCCCUUCCUUCUCCGGGCCCUCCUUCCAUGCACACCCUUGGGGAGCCCUCAUCCGGGACUCCUCGUGGGUCUGGAAAAGGUUCUGGUUCUGAGACUGACUGACUGCAAAGGCAUGUGGUGGACGGUGGGAGGGCUGGAGUCCCGCGGUGCCUGGACAGCGGCCAGGGAAGAGGUGGGCGGUGGGGAUGCCGAGGGGAGGUAGCGCGUGUCGACGGCGAUGGGGCCUCACGCCCGUCCUUGCAGGCCCGGGUGACCCAUCGCCUUCCCCGUCCCCGCGUCUCAGGCGGCUGCUCCGGGUGUUCGUAGCUGUGCUUUUCCUUCUGAAGUUACAGCGAAUUCGACUCAAGCCGGCAGGGGCUGGGUGGAGGCUGUGCAGGGUGGAGACGGGAGGGGGUGGACCCAGCCCCUGAGGCCAGUCCCCAGCUUCCCUCCCUCUUGGUGUCCCGCCAGCCCCUGGGGCAGAGGAGGGCAGGUGUCGGGACCGCCACCCUGCAGUGUGCACUGGCAGGGGCCCAGGCUGGCUCUCCCAUCUAUCUCCUCCCCCAAGAGAGUCCCCGGACCUCUGGAGGGGCUUCGGUAGGCAUGGGUGGGGAACCUCCGGCGACCCAGGCCUGGGCUGGCCUCCGGAAUCGGCACUUCAGUUGGCUGAUGCCAGCGGCCCGCAGCCCAGGCAGCCCCUGUGUGCCCAUGGGAAGAGCGCCUUGAGAGGGUUCCGGCUCCCUCCUCGAGCCUCUGCCCUUCCAGCCACCCCGGGACCCCCAGGGUUGCCCCCUGACUGCCAGCAGCUCUGGGCAGGCCCCCGGUUCUGGGUGGUGCCUGGCAGAUGCACAGCGCCGUCCCUCGUGCCAAGUGCCUGCAGGAACGGGGGCCCUGGCUGAGCCCAUCCCUGGCUCGGCUCUCUCGCUGUCGCCCAGUUUUCUGGGAAAUCCCAGGGCAGCCGGCCUGCAGGAGCCACCUCCCACCCAAGUCCACCGGGUGUCCUUCCCCUCGUGCUGCUCCUGCACAGCCGCCGGGGCCGGGCAGAGGACAGGCCCCUGGAGCCAAAGACUCAAUGUCCCGUCACAGGCUACCAGGCCAGUGAAGCCAUUUUGCCCAACAUGAAAGACACAUAGUUAUUUCCCGACAUCGUCACCCUGGGUGCGGCCAGCUGUGCCCCUACCUCUGCCCUGGGACCCCAGACUCAAAAGCAAUCGACAAAAAGGGGGAUGCUGGCCGAGCCCCACCAUCGUCCCAGAGGUGGAAGUCACCGGCUCUCCAGGCCCAGGGCUCCCCUCCCGGCCGCCCCCUCGCAGCACAGCGGUCAGAGCCCUCCCGUCCCCGCCCUCCCCGGCGGCAGCAUCAGGAGGAGCUGGUCGCCUGGGCCUUCAUUCAUGGCCUUCAUCCCAGGCUGCCUUUCCCUCCCGGAUGUGCUGCUCCAUGGCUUGCGUGCUCUGACCCUCCGGGCCUGACCAGGGUGUCCUUGUCUGUGCAGGGCAAGUCCUGGAGGGGAGGGUGUCCGGGGCGAAAUCCCCUCGCUGUCCUCCGCGUCGCCGGGUUGUCACCGACGGCCCGUAACAGCUGGAGGUGACCUGAGUGUUGGCUCCGUCGCCGGGGGAGGGGGAGAUGUUGUGAGUGACGUGCUGUGGGUGGUCCUGUGCUUAGUCCUGUACAGAGAACUGCGAGGUCCCUGAGGCUGUCUGGCCUGGCGGAGGGGCAGGUGGCCCUGCGGAGCCUGUGGACUGUGGUCUGAGGAUGGGUGGGCUCUGCCCCCGCCCUGAGCAGAGAGCACCGCUCUGGGUGCCGCUGUGGGAUGGUGGUCAGGCUCCCCGACCCCCAGUGCGGCCGGGGGGGCCUUCCCUUCGGGGGGCCCUCCCUCCGGGGGGUCCUGGGGCUCCAGGCAGGUCCCACCCCAGCAGAUGAAGGCCCUUGUCAGCAGAAGCAGGAAGCACCCUCCUUCCCCCCACCCACCCCCAAGUCCUAGAUCCAUGGCCCUCUUGGUCAGAGGGUCCCUCUGGAAGGAAAGGUUUCACCCCCCACCCCAUGCACUGAGACCACCAGGGCGAGGACACCCCUUGCUCAGCAGCUCCACACACCUCUGCUCCUGUAGCCCCUUCUCCCACCCCACCCCCAAUCCCCACUGCCUCC